AUGCUUGGCCUAUCCACCGAAAAGUCGGCUUUUCAUGCACCUUUGCGUGGCAACAAGCGACUCACAGUCAUUUUGGCAGCUGUGCUGACCUUUAUUCUUCUUUCAUUGCUUACCUUUUCUCGCUCACUCUUUGGCAUCAGUGCCUGCAGUGCAGGUGGACGCACCAUCCGUACUUUCAAUGAAGCAUUGUCUUUUACAAGUCCAUCCUCGCGAGCCACCUUUGUGGAUCUUAACGACGUUGAAGCAACGCCCAAUGGCAAGGAUAAUGAAGAGCAUGUAUUGAUUUUAACGCCACUCAAGAAUGGUGCACCCUAUCUUCCACGUUAUUUUGAAUUGAUGGAUCGCAUGACCUAUCCCAAGCAUUUGAUCUCAGUCGCCUUUCUUGUGUCUGAUACCGAUGACAACACUGUUGAGAUGCUCAAGGAACAAGCUGAUGUAUUUCUUAACCGCCGUAAUCCCGAAGAUCGCUAUCAUCACAUUGCCAUUUACGAAAAGGAUUUCAACUUUGAGUUACCUGAAGACAAGCGACACACAUUUGAGCUUCAGCCGCUACGCCGCUCUUAUAUGGCCCGCUCUCGAAACUACUUGUUGACAGCAGCAUUGCGUGAAGAACAUUCAUGGGUAUUAUGGCUUGACGUGGAUUUGGUCGAAUACCCCCCAACCAUCCUUGAGGACCUUAUGAGCGUGGAUGUGGAUGUGGUGGUACCCAAUUGCUUACGUGAAACAGAGGACAAUUCUUUUUGGGGAUACGAUAAGAACAACUGGCAAGAGACCGAACAGUCUUUGGCAAUGCAAAAGGACCUCGACCCUGAAUACGUCUUGUUGGAAGGUUACUAUGAGUUUUUGACCAAUCGUGCCUUGAUGGUGGAUAUGCCGACGCAUCUGGGAAGACUCAACAAGGUUCCUUUGGAUGGUGUUGGAGCCACGUUCACAUUGGUCAAGUCGGUCGUACAUCGCGAAGGCGCCAAUUUCCCACCUUAUGUGUUCCAACAUCAAGUAGAGACCGAAGGUUUUGCAAAGAUGGCAAAGGCUAUGGGCUUUGGUGUUUAUGGUCUUCCUGGUUACUUGAUUUAUCACGUCAUGAACCAGUAG